CGCAGCUUCCGGAUGCGGCCCAACUUCCGGUAUAAAGAGCGCCGUUUGGAGAGCGUCUUUCUGGCGCAAUUUUUUUCAUCGUCCCUAUCGUCCGCGCAUCCGCGACAUCCUCGUUGCAGCCAUGACGGUGGGGAAGAGCAGCAAGAUGCUGCAGCACAUUGACUUCAGGAUGCGCUGCAUUCUUCAGGAUGGCCGCAUCUUUAUAGGAACCUUCAAAGCUUUUGACAAGCAUAUGAACCUCAUCCUGUGUGACUGUGACGAGUUCAGAAAGAUCAAGCCCAAGAAUUCCAAACAGCCAGAACGUGAAGAGAAGCGGGUACUGGGCCUGGUCUUACUCCGUGGAGAGAACUUGGUGUCCAUGACAGUUGAAGGCCCACCGCCUAAAGAUACUGGUAUUGCAAGGGUACCGUUGGCUGGCGCUGCUGGGGGUCCAGGAGUCGGCCGCGCAGCUGGCAGAGGUGUUCCUGCUGGUGCUCCGAUGCCGCAAGCACCUGCUGGUUUAGCCGGACCAGUGAGGGGCGUUGGAGGCCCAUCUCAACAGGUGAUGACACCUCAAAGUCGUGGUAAUGUUGCUGCUGCAGCUGCUGCCACAGCAAGUAUAGCUGGUGCCCCAACACAGUAUGCUCCAGGAGGCCGUGGAGGCCCGCUACCACCAAUGGGCAGAGGAGCACCACCCCCAGGUAUGAUGGGACCCCCUCCAGGCAUGAGGCCACCUAUGGGUCCACCCAUGGGCAUGCCCCCAGGCAGGGGAGGCCCCAUGGGAAUGCCACCUCCAGGCAUGAGACCACCACCUCCAGGAAUGAGAGGUCCACCACCUCCAGGCAUGAGGCCAACCAGGCCCUGAUCGUUGCUGCUUCCUUACUUACAUGAUGGGACUGUUCUGGUUAAAUGUUUUGUAACUUUUUUUUAUUUUCUAUGUAAAUUGAGUUUUUAAUAAACAAGUAAAUAGUA